AGUCACAAAGAAGAAGACACAGUCGGAAAAAUACAAGCUUGGUAAACCAGAUACCAGUUGAACGUGCCCAGAAUUUUCUGCGGAGGAGAGAACUACAAUUGGUUUUCAUUCCAGAGCUACACAACAUUCGCCUUUUUAUCCCAGAUCUGCACUGCCUACUCACUUGCCCUGCAAUCUCAGGAUGGAAUAUUCACUUGAUGAACACAUGGUGGAAAACCACACUGCUGACGUAGAGGACUUCCUACUGACAACUGAAUACCUCUAUGAAGAGGGCAUGCCAUGCAUGAACAUUGAAGAAAGGAACUUUGCAGCAAAAUUUCUGCCACCRCUUUAYUCUCUGGUGGUGAUAUUUGGCCUCCUGGGCAACAUGCUCGUUGUCCUUAUUCUGGUGAAAUACAAGCGGCUCAAGAGUAUGACUGACAUCUACCUGCUCAAUUUGGCAAUUUCUGAUCUGCUCUUCAUAUUUUCCCUCCCGUUUUGGGCUUACUAUGCUGCCCGGGAGUGGAUUUUUGGCGAUGCGCUCUGCAAGAUUCUCUCAGGUGCCUACCUGCUCGGCUUCUACAGCGGCAUCUUUUUCAUCAUCCUCCUCACCAUAGACAGGUACCUGGCCAUAGUGCACGCGGUGUUUGCUUUGAAAGCCAGAACAGUCACCUACGGCAUCCUGGCCAGCACUGUCACUUGGGUUGUUGCUCUGUUAGUCUCCCUCCCUGGAGUCUUCUUUCACAAAAGUCAACUGGAAGGUUCUCGUAAUACUUGCAGCCCUCACUAUCCMAUAUCUGAUGCCAUAAAUUGGAAGUACUGCCAAACUUUAAUGAUGAACAUCCUGGGACUUAUUCUCCCCAUGCUCAUUAUGAUUUUCAGUUACUCCCAAAUUCUAAAAACAUUAAUGAGAUGUAGGAAUGAGAAAAAGCACAAAGCAGUCAGACUUAUUUUUGUGAUCAUGAUUUUUUACUUUGUCUUCUGGACACCAUUUAAUAUUGCCUCUUUUUUGUAUACCUUUCAAACUUCAUUAUCCCUCAAUACUUGUGAAGCCAGUGGUCCGCUGGGGAAAGCAAUCCAAGUGACAGAGACGAUUUCAAUGAUCCACUGCUGUAUCAACCCGGUGAUCUAUGCAUUUGUGGGAGAAAAAUUUAGGAAAUAUCUUUAUGCCUUUUUCCGAAAGCAUGUUGCAGCUCACCUCUGCAAAAAGUGUCCUGCUCUUUAUCGUGAAAAAUUAGAAAGAGUCAGUUCCACAUGCACCCCAUCCACUGCAGAGCAUGACAUCUCAACUGGACUGUAAGAAAGAUCGAGUAGUAAACUUUGCAUCACCCUCUUUGCCUUAAGGACUGCACUUUUUAUUGAAGAUAUGUAUGGUAAUCACUACUGAAAGCUGGAUUUUUGUAGUUAUUGUAUUGUAGUUAAUUGUAGUAUUAUUGUAGUUAAUUGUUCCCUUGGAAUACAGCAUUUUCUGUUUUUACGCUAAGAGAAUUGAUGAGUUGUCCAGAAAAGUUAUAUGCCAUACUAGCAUCACUUCAAAAUUUGAAUGAGGCCCAGAAUAGUAUGAUUCUGGUGCUUGACACCCAUUUUAUCCAAUGAAUAAAUGCUAGCAAGAUUUUCUUAUGAGGAAUACAAUAUUGAAGAGACUAAGGAGUGAUGUACCAUGUCACAAGAGCCCUCUAUUGUUAUGCAAACAAUGUAAGAUAAAUACUUGGAGGAAGUUUUGAGGAUCGAUGACCUGUUUAGUUUUCAGCAUUAAUGACAAACCUAAAAUCCUAAUGACUUUUGGAAGUGUCAGUGUUCUUUCUGUAGCACAGGUAGCUAUUUGGAAGCAUUUAGCUGUCUUUAUUUUGCUCCUCUCCCCCUGCAUGAAUAAAAGAUAUUUCCAUUAAUACAAGGUUGAGGAUGAAUAUGAGAUACGUGAAUAUCUCUUCUCUGCUGGCAGAGGUGACUGACCUUCAUCUUGGGCCAUUCUAGCCAAGGAUUUAUCUAAUAUGUAAAUUUAAUUACAUGUAAAAUUUAAUUCUUUUCUUUUAGCUAUAAGCUAAAUUAUAGUAUUUUGUUUCAGUUCAUUAAUUUCAUGCCUGCCAUAUCAAUGUUCAGUUGCUAACAUCUUCCAAAUGGCAACACCAAGGUUUCUGUGGGAUCAAUGUUACAAGAAAUUGCACGCUCCAAGGAAAACAUCACAUGGUCAAGAGAARAAAAGAACAUCAGCAAAGCUCCUCAAGGAAGCAGUAAAAUUGCCUUGCUAUUUGUCAUGUCAGAUUUUGUAUAAAAAAUUAAAAUAACAUCAUAUAUUUCUGAAAUAAUUUGGAGACCAUGAGCACUGACUGGAGACCAUCCUAGUCCUGGAUAGAUAAACUGAAAUGUGCAAAGGGCCCAGAAGAUGCAAUAGCUAGGGUUAGGCUCCUAYGCAAUACGAACAUGCUGUGAGUAUACAAUGUAAGUUGGUGUUUUGGGAUACCUUCUGUGCAGAAAGCAGCCUUGAAAUCCAGAAAAGCAACUAAGUCCAGAGUAGACCUUCUGCCUUUCACCUUCUCAAGAGAAUAGUUUCCUCUGAGCACUGAUGCCACAAUCAAAAAUCAGUCCUUACUGAAGACUUAGGCUGUUAGCAUGAGCUGCAGUGUCCUGCUCUCCAGAGGCCCCUGGAGGUGACUGUAGAAGGAAAGCUCUGAAGCCUCACACUUGCUUACAAGACAACUAGAAGAGUGAGCGUGCAGUGAGGAAAACAGAGCCUGGAAUAACACUGUCCCUUAGGAAAAAUUGUGAAGGUUCACGUGGUUUGAGUUGUUUCAUUUAGCCAGAAUCUCACCAUACAGAACUAUCUCUUCUGCUCUACAAGUGUCCUAUGGUUGUAAAUUUAUGCCUUUAUUUGGGAUUUCCUGURAAAUAAAGUGGGGAUAUGAUGUUAGCAGAGAAGAGAGAUGCGCAGAGGGGAGUAGUUUUUGCUUCAUGCUGUAAGGGAGUGCACUAAUAUUAGGCAUGCAACUAAAACAGCAGCAAGUCUCUUCAGUGCCCUUCAGAGGUCAGCUGAGAGAAAGAGAUGUCUGUGUCAGAAGCAGAAACUGAAUUUAAAUGGACUCUCGGAUCGAUUACUUCUCUGACCAUGGAAGGAACGUAGAGGUGCUGGCUUGGUAAUUCAGGCAUCAGAUGCCUCAGAGUGGGUAGCAUGAAGAGGAAUAGUCCCUUUAGCCUUACAACUUCAAGGCACUCCUACUAGUUGCCAGCUCUUAUAUUGUCAGA